AUGGCUCAACUGACCAGUGGUCUCUGUUCCACGUUUGGCUUCCUCUGCUGCCUCUUCUUCCUUCCAGUUUCUUGGGGGGCAGGUGCUAACACAGUUCAGGAACUUCAGAAGACUGGUGAACCUUCAACAUCUGAUCAUCUGCUCGCCCUUACUCCAGGCCUUACUCACAAGGCUCUUUCUGUCCAGACUGAUCUGAACCCCCAACGAGCUCCGGACCCCCCUAAGUCUACAGCAACCCAGAAGCCCAAAAAGCGGUGCACCACCGUACACCUUGACAAACCAGUUCACAAAUCUGUAGACAACUCCAAAGCCACAGAUAACCAAAACACCACUGUUCGUCAUGAAAUGACCCCUGCUUUGGAAAAGAAUGCCACCAGCCCAGGAAAAGACCCAGUGAUCCGGAAUGGACGCUCAGCUGAUGACCCCAAAUCCACUAACACAGAGAAAGGAUCAGAGGGAAGUCAUCCAACCUCAGCACCCAGGAGAAGAACAACCUGUAAGUCUGCAGCAAGCAAAACCAGAGUAACGCGGAACUCUGCGGAUACAUCAGCGAGAGCUGUGGAUACCAACACUGGGCUAAGGACCACCUCACAUAAACCCAAAACUCCUUCCCAUGACUCAGAGCUCAGUAGAAAAACCACAUCUUCCUCAGUAAAAUCCUCAGAAGCCCCAAAGACCUCAUACAGGACUCCAAGGACCCCGGCAACAUCAGGAGCUGAAGCUCACAGGACUUCAUUUUCUUCAGACAAGCCUGAGCAAACGACUACAGAACACAUCAAAGAGACCAGAUCAGCCAGCGAGAAGACCACAAGAAGAACCACAAGAGCCCAAGCAACACCCACUCAGUAUGAAAGUGAGACCAUCUCAGCCAAUGAGAGGACCACAAGAGCCCAAGUGAUGCCUCUAGAACAUGAUACCACACUGGCCAAUCAAAAGACAACACAAGUCUCAGCAGAGUCUACAGAACACCCAGAAGAAGCCACAUCAACCACCCAGGAAGCCACACGCUUCUCACAACGUCCCACGGUAUUCUGGAGGAAAACCACACUGACCACUAAGCCUAUAAAAGCUCCAGGACACCCAGAGAAAACAGUAGCAGUCCUUGUGAGCACGCGGCCUCCAGUCAAGGUCACAGAGGACAAGUCUACUGCUCUCUCUCCUCGUCUCCAUAAAUCUGAGACCACACAGCGGGGACUCCUCUGCUCUGUGACAACUAGACCAGACCUGGCAUCCAGCACUUCAGGGGCUCACCAGCGGCAGAGCAGCCACAGCUCACCUGGAGGCCUCCACGCUGAGGGGGCGGAGGGAGAGAACAAUUCGUUCCCUGCGUGGGCCAUAGUUGUCGUGAUCCUCCUGGCCGUGAUUGUCCUCCUCAUCUCCAUUGGCCUGAUCUUUUUGGUUGCCUGUGCGUCGCGAACACGCCGUGUACUGACGACCCAGAACUCAGAGGAUUUCGACCCUGAGGACAGAGGGGGCCGCAAUUCCUACCCCGUCUACCUGAUGGAGCAGCAGAAUUUGAAACCAAGCCAGAUCCCGUCCCCUCCAUGA